CUUAAACUGUUUCAUCAUACCCAAUCAUAGCACCAGUGGGAAAAAGGAGAGGAAGUCAGUGGCUGGGGAGGAAUACACGAAUGAGUAUUUAACGACAUCUGAGCACACAAAAAGACAGAAGAUGGCAACGGAAAUGGCUCUUUGGUUUUUCACCGUGUUGUGUGUGUCCGUCAUCAGCGAGUCCGCCCUGUCCGUGUGUCCGUCAGCUCACUACUUCAACCUCACCGAGUUCAAAUGCAAACAGUGUUCGAAAUGUCCCAUCAACCAAAUCAUUCGAAAGCCAUGCAUCAAGGACAGAGACACAGUGUGCGGACCUUUUAGGGAGUUUAACCGAUUCCACCAAGCACCCAAGAAUGGCGAAUUCAACCCUGGAUUUCCAUUUUCGGACAAUGAUACAAGCGACAAGCGACGCCAAGAUGGCGGCAGUCCCAGCAAAGACAAUCGUCUGUCUCCGUACGACACGACCACUCACGAUUCUUCCCAAGGUACCGUUGUUGACCUGACUUCGGUGAGUUCCGGUGAACGACAAUGGCGGACUCUCGCGAUCGCUCUGAUCGGAAUCCUGUGUGUCGUGUCUGUGUGUCUGAUCAGCUUCAUAUUCCUCUUCUGUUACUUCAAGCACAAGAGACAGAUAGUGGAGAAACAAGUCUUUUACGAUCCAGGUAUGAUGGGCUCCCAGAACUCGUACGUGCAAGUCAAGACUCACAUAUCAUCACGUGACAGACUGAAGAGCAACAUCAGGGUUCUGCGAGAAUUACGUCAGCACGAUUACGAUUCCGGAAGUGACGACAGUGCCCAAAACACAUUAACGCCAUCUAGCCACCUUCUCAGUCGCCAGUUGCCGCUCGUUCUUGGACCCAUUUUAGCAGACGAUUAUGACGCUGACAACAGCGGGCAGACAGUUUCCACAAACAAGUCUUCAGACUAUGUCUACUUCAACCGGCCACAUAGCGGAAGUGGCGUUUUGCCGGAACCAGUCUAGCAAAAUAAAAAUAUAUAAAAACAUAUUAAAAAAACUACUUUCUCUACUACUAGUGCUCAGAAAUUUUGUGAAAUAUAUGCUUUUGGUAGCAAUAUUUGAUGCAUAAUCCAGCUAUGUUGGCAAAGCCAACCAACCAAAGAAACAAACAAACAAGGUGCUGAAAGAUCGUGUGAUGAGUGUCUGGAUGCUCUGUGUAAUUUAAAAACGAAAACAACGAGCGAAACAACAAGACGUUGUACUUAAUGGCUUUUUUUUUCUGACAAGGAUCCGACAAGAUAAAAUUCAAGCUUUCGACUGGAUAAAAUUCAGUUUUGACGUCAAAUUAAAAUCUUGUCAGUGAUGCUGAAACUGAGAACGUGUUACAAAGCGAGAUAAACAUGUUUAAGAAAAAAGAAACAACACUUUUUGAUAUCGCUAUUGAUGACGUGUCGGGUUAUUAAGGUUAAUAGGAGUAGUUAUCUUCAUUUUGUAUGAUAGAUGAAAGUUCGCUAUGAUCGAGGUACUUUUUAUACAUGUUUAACGGUGUUGUCUGUACGUGAUGCCGGUUAUGAGAUAACGACUUGCGCUACGAUUAAUGUACACAGCUUCUUAAGACGAGGAUCCCAUUUUGUUCCAUGCAGCUUUUGAAAUGAUGUUCUACAAGUAUUUUCCUUGUUUUGACUGUUUACUGAUAGAACACUCGUAGAUGAAGUAAACUCUGUAUCGAACUCGAUCACAAAAUCCAUGAGACUUGUAAAUAAUUCUGACGAAUGAUGUGUUUUGUCUUACGAAUGUGAUAAUGUGUUAUGCGUAUGUGUUGCAAAGGAGGCUCAAACAUUGUUAAUAUGUAUGCGUGGAUAGCAUUUAAAAAAUGCCAAACGUUUUUAUUUUACAGAUACAGAAAUGGGAUAAAAUGUCACCAGUUCAACUAUUUUGUUCUUUUUUUAAAAGACUUCAACUGUAUACAUUACGCAGUUUGUAGAAAUCAGAUGCGCGAUCAGUUCAUGAGCGGCGUUGCACGAUUACGUCCGAGGUAUUAACGAAUCCAGUACAUUCUUUAACACUCGGAAAGAUAUUUUCGUAACAUUUCAUCUUCAGUUUGAAAGAUCACAAAUUUGUCCCAUUUGAAUUAAACAAAGCUUAUAAAAUUAUUUGCUUACUGUCUUAAAUUUGAUCUCAAAUAAUUGUUUGUUUUUAUGGUGUUUAAUCAGACCGCUUUUAAUCAGUCUGCCUUGGCCACAUUCUCCGAAUUCCUCGGGAGAUGUGUCCAAGACGAUACCUGUUUGUUAAGAGUCCUUCACUAUGUAUUAAAUAUUCAAACUGUAAAUCCUGAUAGACAUAUUAGUGAACUGACGAACAUCCCCGACUGAUAGACAUAUCCUGAUAGACACAUUAGUGAACUGACGAACAUACCCGACUGAUAGACAUAUCCUGAUAGACAUAUUAAUGAACUGACGAACAUACCCGACUGAUAGACAUAUCCUGAUAGACAUAUUAGUGAACUGACGAACAUACCCGACUCAUAGACAUAUCCUGAUAGACACGUUAGUGAACUGACGAACAUGCCCGACUGAUAGACAUAUCCUGAUAGACAUAUUAAUGAACUGACGAACAUGCCCGACUGAUAGACAUAUCCUGAUAGACAUAUUAGUGAACUGACGAACAUACCCGACUGAUAGACAUAUUAGUGAACUGACGAAAUGUUCGUGCAGCACGGUAAUACUAUGACCCCAACAACUACAUGUAGUUUCAUUCGACACCAGUUCGACAUGCACUGUUUAUAUUACAAAUGUACAAUGCAAACUCUUUCCAAUCAGUAUUUAUUGAAUAUCAUUCUUCUUUGUAUGACAACUUUGAAAUGAUUGUGAUCUGAAAUACAAUUUUAUACGUAAAACA